AUGUCUCCCGCUACACUCCCCACACGCAACAUUGGCGGUGUCGACGUUACCGCUAUAGGCUACGGAGCCAUGGGCAUUGCCGCUAUAUACGGUGACAAGCUUACUGAGGAAGAGCGCUUCAAGGUUCUCGACACUCUGUACGAGCUAGGGUGCACGAACUGGGACACCGCCGACAUUUACGCCGAUAGCGAAGACCUCAUUGGCGCAUGGUUCAAGCGCACCGGCAAGAGGAACGAGAUAUUCCUCGCUUCCAAGUUCGGUCUCGCCCCGGAGCCUGGCAAAGUUAUCAGCGGAGACCCCGCAUACGUCCGCAAGGCCAUCGAGAAGUCCCUGAAGCGACUCGGCGUUGAUACUAUCGACCUCUACUACCUCCACAGGGCCGACCCGACUGUUCCGAUCGAGCUCACCGUACGCGCCAUGGCGGAGCUCGUAAAGGAGGGCAAAGUCAAGCACCUUGGUCUCUCGGAGAUCUCUGCCGAGACCCUCCGUCGUGCGCACGCAGUCCACCCCAUUGCUGCGAUCCAGGUCGAGUACUCUCCCUUCACGCUCGACAUCGAGGACGAGAAGAUCGGCCUCUUGAAGACCGCCCGCGAGCUGGGCGUCGCCGUCGUGGCCUAUUCGCCUCUCGGACGCGGCCUGAUUACCGGGCGAUACCGGAGCCCCGACGAUUUGGCUACUGACGACUGGCGCCGCGCAGUCCCUCGGUACUCCAAGGAGAACUUUCCGAACAUUGUGAAGCUCGCCGACGGACUCGCCACCAUCGGGAAGAAGUACAACGCCACUGCGGGCCAGGUCGCGCUCGCGUGGCUCCUGGCGCAGGGCGACGACAUCAUUCCCAUCCCCGGGACCACCAAGAUCUCUAACUUGAAAGAGAACUUGGGUGCUCUGUCCAUCAAGCUCAGCCCCGAGGACGUCGAGGAGGUCCGCAAGGCCGCUGCUGCGGCAGAUGCGGAGCAGGGCGCUCGGUACCCGCCCGGGAUCCAGGAGCUCCUGUUUGCGGAUACCCCCGCGCUCAAGGAGUGAGGCGUUUUUGUCAUGAAUUACCUGUAUACUACC